AUGGUUGUAGCAACUAUCAAGUGUGUCGUGGUCGGUGACGGUGCUGUUGGCAAAACCUGCCUUCUGAUCUCAUACACAACGAACAAGUUCCCCUCAGAAUAUGUGCCGACCGUGUUUGACAACUAUGCCGUGACUGUCAUGAUUGGCGAUGAGCCUUACACCCUGGGGCUCUUCGAUACCGCCGGUCAAGAGGAUUACGAUCGUCUCCGACCUCUUUCAUACCCGCAGACGGACGUCUUCCUGGUCUGCUUCUCAGUGACCUCGCCUGCCUCAUUCGAGAACGUACGCGAAAAGUGGUUCCCAGAAGUCCAUCACCACUGCCCCGGUGUUCCCUGCUUGAUUGUCGGAACGCAAGUUGAUCUCCGCGAUGACCCCGCCGUUCGUGAGAAGCUGGCCCGCCAGAAGAUGCAACCGAUCCGGAAAGAAGACGGUGACCGCAUGGCCAAGGAGCUGGGUGCCGUGAAGUACGUCGAGUGCUCUGCCUUGACACAGUACAAGCUCAAGGACGUUUUUGACGAGGCAAUCGUUGCUGCGCUUGAGCCCGCCCCCAAGAAGAGAUCGAGGUGUGUCUUGCUGUAA